AUGUCUCCCGUUCUGCUCGGCGACGAGCACGGCAUAUCCGUGGUCGAUUUCAAGUUCUUCCUUGACGGGUCCGCCCAGCAAGAAGUCGCGGACGCCAUCCUCGACUCCUUCAAGCGCAUCGGUUUCGUGUACCUCGUCAAUCAUGGCAUUCCUGGCGAUAAAGUGAAGAGCAUGUUCGACUGGUCCAAACGGUUCUUCGCGCUUCCACUGGAGAAGAAGCAACUCGCCCCGCAUCCUCCGGGAGGCACCCAUCACAGAGGAUACUCUGUCCCGGGCCAAGAGAAGGUCUCGCAGCAUGUCUACGACGACCAGGAGCUCAAAGGCAUCCGCGAGAACGCCCCCGACGUCAAGGAGAGCUUCGAGUGUGGAUGGGAAGAAAACGCGGGCAUGCCCAACAUCUGGUUGCCGGAGGAGGUGUUGCCGGGGUUCCGAGAAGCAUGCAAUGACUUCUAUUGGACUUGCCACGAAACCGAGUUGCAAGUUCUCAGAGCGAUCACGGUUGCUCUUGGAAUCUCUGAAGAGCAUCUUAUUCCCCACCACAAGGGGCACGACAAUCAACUACGGCUGCUCCAUUACCCUAGUGUUCCCGUCGAAGACUUGGAACAAGAGAGGAUCAAGAGGAUCGACGCUCACUCCGACUUCCCGUCCAUCACUUUGCUCCUGCAAGAUGAUGUCGGUGGCCUCGAAGUCGAAGACCCCAAUCAUCCCGGCCAAUUCAGAAGCGCCCCGCCCGUCAAGGACGCAUUGGUGGUCAAUGCGGGAGAUUUCAUGAUGCGAUGGUCGAACGACGUGAUUCGAAGCACAAUCCAUCGCGUUCGCGCGCCUCCCGGGAUGAAGACCGAAGAUAACAUGGUCCCAGACCGCUACUCCAUCCCAUACUUCUGCGCGCCGGAAUUCACUCAAGUCGUCGAGUGCCUGCCCGGCACCUAUUCGAAGGAGAAGCCGCCGAAGUAUGCGCCCAUCUCUGCGAAGGCAUACGUCAUGCAACGUUUGUCCGCCACCUACGAACCGUGA